CGCAGCCCAGUUUUUUGGCCUUGGUUGGUGUGAGCUUCAGCGAAGUGCGCCCCCUAUCUGCCGGAGCCCGACACUGGUGCUCCUGCAUGGAGGAGAGGAGGAGGAGGCCGGAGAGAGGAGGAUGCUGUCGUCACUGACCUCAGUGAAAUGACAGCAGAAUGAACAUGGAGUCAUUUUAAGACCAGCUGUUACAACCUCCAUCAUCUUUGCGCGAUGAUGGCGGCGCGGUGCACGGAGCGAGCCGUGCAGGAGUUCCUGAUGGAGAGAGGAGGGAGGGUCCAACAGAUGGAGCUGAUCGAUCAUUUCCUCUCCCGAUCCGUUGCGGUGGUGGGGGGAGAUGACCAGCCGGAGGAAGGGGUGGAUCGCGAGGUGCUGAGACGCGUCGUGGACGGCGUGGGCUUCGUGAGGGUGGAGGACGGUGUGAAAUUCGUGUGUUUGCACGCGGAGGGCAGCGCGGAGGCGGCGAUGCGAGGGGACGCAGACGGAUCCGAGCGAGCGGAGUGCAACGGUAACAUCCCGCAGACAGCGGGGCACCGUGGGAACGGCAACCGUGACAACACACUCCAAACAGGAGUGCCAAGUCCACCUGGGGAAGACCUGGACAAUGACAGACAGUCGAAUGGCAACCGGCAACCUCUGGCUUCCUCCCAAAUGAAGGUCAACACAGGCACUCCGGCCUCCGCUGGGAGAGGGGAGGUGAAGCUGAGGGACAGGAGGAGGCGAGAGUCGGCCCCGAUCAUUGGGAUGCCAGAUCUGGACCAGGCUCACCCUGGGUGGUCCCACAGCCAGCAGGUGAGAGGGGCAAGAAGAGUGUCCAAAGGCUCCCAGAGGGCCAUGCUGACCAGCUGCCUGUCAGAGGACAGCACCUUAGAGGGGCUGGACCCCAUCGGAGAUAUCAACACCCCCAAGGGAAGUCGCAGAAACUUCAUCGAGCUGAUGAUGAGCAGUUCUCCACAGGUCCGGAGGUCCCUGAUCAACCGCGGCUCUCGCCUCCGGGACUCAAUGAAAAGUGACGGGGAUUCUGUAUCAAUCCUCUCCUCAGCCACGGAUGAAGACUGUGCCUCGGUGACCCUAGACCCACUGGAGCACGAGUGGAUGCUGUGCGCCUCAGACGGCCAAUGGGAAAGCCUGCAGCCCCUGCUCUCUGUCGAACCCAGCCUCGUGGCCAAGAAAGACUUUGUGACGGGCUUCACCUGCCUCCACUGGGCGGCCAAGCAAGGCAAAGCCGAGCUGAUCUCCCAGCUGCUGGCCUUCGCCAAGGAGAAUGCUACACCUGUGAAUGUAAACGUGAGGUCGAGUGCCGGAUACACGCCGCUGCACCUGGCUGCCAUGCACGGACACACACAGGUGGUUCGUGUAUUGCUGUCAGACUGGGAGGCAGACCCCGAGGCUCGAGACUACAGUGGGAGGCGAGCCAUCCAGUACCUCCCCCCACCGCUGGCCGCCAACCUGCAGGAGGAGGGAGUGGUCACCUCACCGGGGGCCGAGUCAGACAGCGAAAACGCGACUGGCGGCAGUAGCAGCGGAAGGGGGCGUGGCUGGAGGUUUGCUAGAGUCCUCCAGGGCAACCUGAACCCGUUGCGGCUUCUGAACCCACCAGCUGAGGCGGCGGAGGAGGCCGGGAAGACUAAAGGGGGCAUACAGAGGAAGUCGUCUCUGAGCCGACUGAACGCCCGGCUGCACCGAGGGCGCCACAGGGCUCAGAUCAUCCACAGCGCCUCCUUCAGGGACGCAGGGGAGGUGGGCCGAGGAGAGGAGCUGCCCAGCAGUCCCCUCCGCACCCGACCACUGUCCAACCUGUUUGGAUGAGUUUGCCACAAUUUUUAAAGCGGUUUGACACCUUUUUAAUUUACAGGAUAAAGUUUAUAAUAUGAUAGGUCAGACCAGAAAUCACCGAAAUUAAAAGUGCACAUCCUAAUAUAGUGUCAAGCUGUUUUUAAAGUCUUCUUAUAAUACGUUUUUAAAAGAAUAAUCAAAUAUUUUUUCUAAGAAAUAUAUAUAUUUUAUUUUUGUUCCUAUUGCAGUUUUUAGAUUUAUGUUGACCACUACAUUUCUUUUUUUUUAUCAUGACACAAACUAAGUUAAAGCUCUGUGAAACAUUGAUUUUUGUGUAAGUGGUGUUUUGAUUUUUAGGCUCUGAUUUAGAGCAGGUAGCAAAUAUUACACAAGGUUUUUUUUUGUCUAAUACUUUUCACUACAACAAUGUUCACACACAUUCAAAAG